AUGCUAGAGAAAAUAGAGGAUAAUGAACUUGGAGUUGAUUUAACGCCUAGAAAGCUUCAAGAAAAAAUUACAUAUUUCUUUGCUCCAAAAAAAUACUUAGGAAAUCAAAUUAAAUCAUAUGGAGGAUUUUUAAAUUAUUCCAUUCAGUAUACAUCAAACCUUUUUGGAAGUGCUGUUGGUGGUCCCGAUGUUAUUUUAUAUGGCCACGAUACUUAUUUGUUUUAUUUUUCAUUGGAACAACCAGCAUCAAGUACCUUGUUCCCAAAUUUUGUUGAAAUUGUAGAACAAAAUUCAUACUAG